UCGCAAGAGCUACAAAUAUUAUAAUAUAUGUUUUUUCUUCUUGCUCUGGUUUUAAUAAUAUAUAUAUAUGAAUUAUAUAUAUAUUCUCUAAAGUUGGAAGCUUUGUAUUCUUGUGUAUGAUGGUUGUGUUGUGUGAAGUCUCAAGGGAAGCAAAGUCCUCUCUUUCACACCUUUCAGUCUCAAAACCGAGGGAAGAAGAAUCUAGGGUUUAGCACCACCAAGUUCGUCAAGAGGCUAAUAUGGAAGAGGUUGAGCAAGCUAAUAGAGCAGCUGUUGAAAGCUGUCAUAGGGUUCUGAGUUUGUUGUCUCAACCAAGGGAUCAGGUUCAGCAUAGGAAUUUAGUGGUGGAAACUGGAGAUGCUGUGGUAAAGUUCAAGAAGGUUGUGUCCUUGCUUAAGAGUGGUUUGGGUCAUGCAAGAGUGAGGAAGGUUAAAAACCCUCAAGUUCCCUUUACCCACCAAAGUAUCUUCUUAGACAACCCAAAUUGCAAAACCAACAACCAUCACUCAAAAAAUCUGCAGCUUUUCCAACCCAGCUUUCCUGACAAUUCAAUUGUGGAACUGGGUUCAACCAUUAAACAUUCACUCUCUCUAGCACAGCCCUCUUUGGAAUUGAGCUCCAGUGGGAAAAGUGCUCUUCACCUCACUCAGCAGGCUUCAUCAACUCACUAUCACUUCUUUCAGCAACAGCAACAGCAAAGGGUGUUGCUCCAGCAGCAACAGCAGCAGCAACAACAGCAGCAACAUUUGAAGCAUCAAGCAGAAAUGAUGUUCCGAAGGAGCAAUAGUGGCAUAAACCUGAAUUUUGACAGUACUAGCUGCACACCAACAAUGUCAUCUAAUAGGUCUUUUAUUUCUUCCUUGAGCAUAGACGGAAGUGUGGCUAACUUGGAUGGAAGUGCCUUCCAUUUAAUAGGAGCUCCACACUCUUCUGAUCAGAAUUCGCAACAGCACAAGAGAAAAUGUUCUGCAAGAGGCGAUGAAGGAAGCUUGAAAUGUGGGAGUAGUUCUAGAUGUCAUUGCUCUAAGAAGAGGAAACAUAGAUUGAAAAGGUCAAUCAAGGUGCCUGCUAUCAGCAACAAACUUGCAGAUAUUCCCCCUGAUGAUUAUUCAUGGAGAAAGUAUGGCCAAAAGCCCAUCAAGGGCUCCCCUCACCCUAGGGGAUACUAUAAAUGCAGCAGCAUGAGAGGGUGUCCUGCUAGAAAGCAUGUUGAGAGGUGCUUGGAAGAGCCGACCAUGCUAAUUGUCACCUAUGAAGGCGAACAUAACCACCCUAAGUUACCAACGCAAUCUACAAAUGCAUGAACUAUGUGGAGAGCUUAACCAAGAUCAAGUCCAUCAUUCAAUUUGUCAAAACCUUUGCGUGAUUGGCUUGAGUUGCUACUGUACAUAUUUUAAGUGAUGCAAGCAGAGAUUGAUGUUGUUGCCGCAGAUUUUGGGUUUUGUUAUAGUUUGGCUAACCAGCCGUUUAUUUCGAGAGGGUGAGGAUCACUGAUUAAAUGAACAAAGUCUGUAAAAUUGACUAGUUUCGAUUCCUAAGAACUAUUUCAUCUUUCUUUAGCCUGUUA